GACUGCUUGGACUACCCCACUAUAAACAACAGUCCUUUAUCUACUGCAAUUCUGACGAGUUUGAAUUUCUAAUUUGGCGAAUAAGACCUAUUGGAAGCUUUCUGUUUGAAUAUAGAGACAAACAAGUUGGCAUAUAAUAACUUGCGUAGCCUAAUAUCACAGUAGCAUGGGUAUGCAAAGCAUUCAGUAACUUUUUGGGCAAUGUAGCUCGUGACAGUCCAUAGCUGGCUUUGUCAAAAUAGCCUAGCCUAUUGUUAACCCAAAGAAAAUCGCUUGCUUAUCAUAAACUCAUGUUUUUUUUAUUGAAAUACAAAAUGUCAUCGGGUCUAACGUCAAAUCACAGGCACUCCUUCGAUAUAAUGUUGUUUUUUGACGAAAAUUAAAACGUUUCAGUUUGUCACUUUCACGAGGUUGGAGUAAGAAUAUUUUCAACUACGUAAGACAUCGGCUCGAAUCUAGGUGUUUUUAAAUUUCGAGAAAAUUAAGAACUAAGAAAUAUUUUUUCACUUCUCUCAUUGACUUAUCAAACCCCGGCCGGGUCUGUUUGGUCAGAUUUUGGCAAGAGUGAAACUUCUCGCUUCGCCUCUUCUUCUCUGGUGAAACUUAAAUCUCGGGCGGGAACGAGUUUACUUUUUAGUUUGCCGGUGGGUUUUGUACCGAGCCGGUGAGCUAGGCAAACAAAUAAGACAUAUUUGGACCUAACAUCAUUACUUUUGUAUAUCGAAAAGAUAACUGAAGACAGAUGAACAGUUGCACACGACAGCUAACUACGUUAGGUCGAGGAGGAUGAUGAUGAUAUCCAAGGGACAGAAGCGCAAAGUCGAUGAUGUGGUGGGGGGCAUGCGUAGCGGCACUUGGGAGAGCCAGCGGCAGUCAGUGCUUGGCAUCACCCUUGUCAAGUACCACCGCGGGCAGGAGCUGAUGGAGCCUAGUUUGCGCCGCUCCGUGUUGAUAGCCAACACCCUGCGGCAUAUACACCUAGAAAACAAGCCUACAUAUGGGUUAGUUAACCUGGCAGGACCAGUGCCACCCAUGGUCCCAUCUAAACCCUGCAUCCACAGGGAGUCUGGUCUGAGUGUUGUAAACAGUGCCUCAGGUGUUGAGGACAAGGAGGAUGUCUGGAUGUCCUCAGAGAGUGACUUCUCCCUGUCAGGUGCUGUCUCCUCCAUUCUGAAAGAACUAGACUUGACCGUUGAUGGAGGGCUAGGUCCUCAGGCACCUCAGAGGACACCUUUCAGGUCCAUUGAGAACCUACCUGGAGACCUGGGGCUCAAACGGAGCUCUGAGGGGUGUAGAACCUCAGAGGGGGUGGCUUUUGGUAGCGUGGAGGAGGUCAUGUGUUCCAGCUACCUGCAGGAUGUGAAACUAGAUGAACUUUUCCAUGACAUCGACACAUCGGUGUUUGACAAGGAGAUGGGGGUCCGAGCACUCUCUGCUGCAGCCAGUGACGAGCUGCUUAAGUACUUACCCUCUCUGUCCUCCGUUCCGUCCAUUUCAACCUCUCUCUUCUCUCUCAACCAGAGCUUCAGGGACCUGAAUGAGCUGGAGCACAUCAUGGAAAUACUGGUAGAGUCUUGAUCACCAGAACUUUGAGGAAAUUAGGACAUUAUAAAGAGAACAAGACAUUAGGGGCCUUCCGGGUGGCGCAGUGGUCUAAGGCACUGCAUCGCAGUGCUAGCUGUGCUACCAGAGACUCAGGGUUCGAGCACAGGCUCUGUCGCAGCCGGCCGCGACCGGGAGGCCCAUGGGGCACAAUUGGCCUAGCGUCGUCCGGGUUAGGGAGGGUUUGGCCGGCUGGGAUAUCCUUGUCUCAUCGCGCAUGGUGUAUGGUGUUUCCCCCGACACAUUGGUGCGCGCUGUGUUAAGAAGCAGUGCGGCUUGGUUGGGUUGUGUUUCGGAGGACGCAUGGCUCUCGACCUUCGUGCGGGAGUUGUAUCGAUGAGACAAGACAGUAACUACUAACAAUUGGAUACCACGAAAAA